CCUUUUUUAACGCGAGCAUGUGAACGGAUCUCGAGACUCGAAUUUUCGAUUCAGAACAUCUAGUGAGAAUUAGCAUACGCAGCAGGGAUAAUUGCGGAGGUUGAAUUUUAUUUUCGACGAGAAGAUCGUGUUGCUCGUUUGCGCGAGAUUUUUUAUGGACGCGUGGUUCGUUUAUUGGUGCUCGUCAUCUUCAUCCAUCGGUCGGUCGCGCCUGUCUCUGCUUGCUGCCGCGAAUGUGGAUACUUCACGGUGCGCCGUGCUGCUGCUGCUGCUGCCGCCGCUGUGCGUUUGAUGUGCUCAUCACGGCUAAUUGUCCUCGGAUUCUGACGAGACUUGCACAUUCGUGAACGGUUUGGAACUAGUUCGUUAUUGUGCCAGGCCCCGCCGUGAUUGUCACUUGAUAGCAACACCCGAGGCGCCAAAGCUGUCCGCAUCGGCGCUUUCUUCAGCCCAAGUGGUAUCAAUGUUGUCUGGCAAUGGUGUGUAAGGAGAACGUGGUAUCAUGGUUUGGGAAUCUGUCCAGUUAUAAACGUAUCGAUGUCAUGUGCACGUUAUUAAACAUGUGCCUGCCAUUUGAAGUUCGAUACCUUGGCACUUGUGUCGAGGAUAUUGGCAAGCGGGAUUACAAUGACCUCCGCGAUACGGAACAUCAUGCGAAUAGUGCCUCCGAUCUUGCUGAGCUGACAACGUUAGGAGUAGCAGAUAAACGCACAAGACGGAAACUUGCUCUCUACAUGGCAUUAUUACAUUCUUGUAAUUAUGCAUGUGCUGUGAUCUUAUACAAGAACCUGUCAAAUUUUGACUAUCAAGAGAUCUCUAACCUACUAAACGGGACCACCUUCACACCGGAUGACCAACCGCUGGAGGAACUGCUCUUACUGUAUACAAUGGCUUUAAAUCAUCCAGCAUUUACAUAUGAGCAGAAAAGUAUCUUUGGCAACAUUUAUAUAAAACUUCAAGAGGAGGAAUCUCGUUUGAAUCUUUCUAAAUCAAAUUCAUCAUACAAACAGGCACAAGGGUGUUCGCCAUGUAUGAGUACAAAUGAAAGAUUAAUGGACAAUGAAGUGCAAGGUAGUUGCUUGAUGGCACCUCCUCCAAUGCAAACUUAUCAUGGAGAUAUUGCAAUGAGAAAUAAUACCAUGGUAACUGGAGUCCCCCCUGGUCUAUCCAUGCCUCCACCUGGAUUGUGUUUACCAACACCAGAACAAAUGCCAAUUAGAUCGGGUGGUGGAGCACAAUAUCUUCAUCUUGGCUUUUCAUCGAUAAAUCAUAUGCCACCAUGGACAGGUCAGGUUAUGAUGGGGAAUCAAGUGAUGUAUCAUACUGGCGACAUGUUGGCUUAUCCACCUUCCCCCUUAGUCAGCCGUCAAUCGUCGCCAUCCCAGUCUCGAUCUCCUAGUCGCAGUAAUUCCCCAAUGGGUCGCAGGAAUAAUACAAUGCCACGGACCUCUUCGCAAGUGACUCAGUCUACUUCAAACACCUUAACGUCAACGAGUGCCUCUAACAGUCAGACAAGCAUCUCCAGUUCAAAUGCCAAUUCCCUCCCGCCACUUCCUGCACUUGGUACUAGCAGGAGUCAUCCUAGUCAACCUCCAUUGCUGCCAUCACGUUCUGUUCCCUUGCCAAUUAGUAGUUCUACCACUUUCUCAAGGCAUAAUACCAUAGAAAAUGCCUCUUCUACCUUAAUACCGGCAGCACCACAAUCUAAACAGCCACCACCACCACCACGAUUGAGGUCUUCAACUUCUGGUGACACAUUACGAGAAACACUAGGAAAAGAAAUGCCAAACUCCAAAGGCAACUUGCAGAAUUAUUCUCUUGACGAGAUUCGAAGGAUGAGCGAUGAAGAUUUGAGGGAAAUAGGAUUAACAACAAAUGCAGUGGGACAAUUACGAAGUAUAGUGAAGAGUCAAACUACUAAUGGUUUAAAUCAAAUUGCUAGUGACAAAAAAUUGGACAGUACUAGCAAUGCGACACAUGCAGCAGUAGAUUCAAUAGAAAAUGAGGUUAUGCCAGAGAUGAUGAAUGAUAAUGGAAAUCAAAGUAGUAAGUCUAUACCGUUACAGGAACAGCAUCCAGCGAUGCAUCAUCAUCAUAAUCAUGCAGCUACUCCUAACUUACGGCGAUAUCCUACUAUGCCACCGUUAGAACCCGCGCAAAUACAAAUGUAUCCUGCACCACCACCGAUGUAUGCUGCACAAAACGCACCGUGUUACGCCUGUCUUACAUUACCUGUUGCUGGAGUACAGAAUCGAUACUCAAGGUGCAAUGCGCAACAUGUGUAUUGUUUGACGCAGUUACAAGCCUUAAACUUAGAUCCUGAGAGCAGUAGGCAUUGUUCGCAGAGUAGUAGUUCUGACAGUACUGGUAGUAGGUCUCCGCCAGAAACUCCUCCAGCAGCACCGUGGGUGAGCGGAAGCGAGAGCAAUGCACCAUCAGUUACAGAUCACCUUAGCUCUGCACCAGUACAUUCUACCAGUGCAGUAUCACAUCCAGCACCUCAACAACCUAUACAAUCGGGCCCGGAAAGGCAACGUACUAGAAGAAAUCAGGCACAUGUGAUGCGUCACAAAAAUCAAAUGGUGAACGGCGGUGGACCACCGAACUUAUCACAAUGCGUUUCCUUUCCCGCACCACCAUCACAUUCGCAGGUCACGUAUCUGCCGCACGGUCAUUUCUCCACUUUGAGACCGAGUAGUGGUAUUUACUCUAAUUUCUCACAUGGACCGUAUGCAAGGCCAGCUUAUCCGACCACGUAUCAACCAAACGGUGAAAUGAUGUACCAGUAUCCUGGACAUCCACCUUCAGGGGGAACGCCCCCACCGCCACCAAAUGCUGCCGCAACACCUGUACAGGCACCGUAUAUACCACCUACUCCAGUUGUUACAUACGCACCAGCUGCCGUCCCACCAACGAAAAUCUCGUGUUAUAACUGUGGCAGUAGUAAUCACCUCGCAGUUGAUUGUAAAGAUCAAACAAUGGAGGACAUUACCAAAAAAGCUCAGUACCGUCUAGACUACAGCAUAAUGAAACAACCUGGAGAGUGCCCGAGUUCCGAUAAGUGAUCCCCUGCUACAGACCACUCAGCAAUUUACCACCAUCGUCAAUACCAUAAUUACUGUUACUAUCACUAUCAUUAUCAUUCCCAUUGCCACUAUUACCAUGACCCCGCCACAGUAAUACAACCCAAGGGCUGUUCAAAAGAUGACUACUAUCGCUCCUUGUGCAAGUUUUCGGUGAUUUUUGUAGACAUCCCUUACAUUCAGGACGACGAUUUUUUAACAGAGGACAUUUCGCGAUUCACGGUACCAGGUAUACUUUUUACAAGUUCUUAUUUAUGAUAGAAAUUAUUCUUAACUAUGAUUGUAAAAAGAUGUGUAGUCGUCGUGUACAAAGGGGAAAGAUAACUAAAGGAAGCAUAACGCAGCAUCCGAUGUUAUUAUCUAUGUUUUUAGAAUACACUUUGAAAGAUUUGUGUUAGGUAUUGACUCGCGUCUUUCCAACAAUACCUAUUGGGCUACUUACCCCCUCUCCCACCCCCACCCAUCUCUCUCCCUGUUUCUCUAGUACAUAGCCAUAAACGAAACGCAAAGAAAAAAAACUACGCAUUGUGCUCUGAUUAGGUGAAACUAUCACGUUUGACUAUAUUUAUCAUUGAUACUUUUACUUCUACUAGUAUGUCUACUAUCACUAUUACUACUAUUACUCUUAAACUAUUACUAUUACUUCUAUUAUCGCUACUGCGCCACGACGUUUUUAUGUGUAUAUAUUUUCUCAAUUCUUAUGUACGCAAUGUUUGAACGAAUGUAACUAAAAAAAAAGAAUAGCGAGGAUGAGAUAAAUGAAAAAAAGGGUUAGAAAGUAUGAAUGAUUAGUUGAAAGUAAGGGAGGGAGUGAAAGAGAGAAAGAAAGAAAGAGAAAGAGAGAGAGAGAAAGAUGUAAAUAGAUUGAGAGAAAGAAAGAAAGGAUGAGAGAACAACAAACCAUAAGUGUUCGAUCAUUUAGCUGCCGUUGCGCUCCUGUGUGUAUAAAACUACAAAUAUACGCCGCUCACCACUCAUUUAUUAACUUACGGAUAGUUAGCUAAGUAACAAGUAACUCAUUCUAUUUAUACAAAAUAGUCAUGCAAUCACGUGCAACUUAAGCAAUUUUAUACGACUUUUAUUGAUCGCCCAUCUUUUUUAAAUGUAAGCUAAUGUGUUAAAUGCGUUUAGAACCUUGUUAGUAAUUAAUGGAGAAUAAGAGGAAAAAACGGAAAAAAGGAAGGGAAGGAAAAUAACAAUUCGAAUAUGUGCUAGUGGUUAGGUGUAAGUGGAGUGGCAAUCUACGUUGUACUCGCCGCGUCAACAAAUUGCUGCUGCAUUUAAGCCGACUUGAAAUGACAAGAAUGUGACAUCUUUAGUGUGUGCUAAUCAAACUGUAUAUUAGAGUGAAUAAUUUGGCAAAAUUUUCGACUAGCCCCGAUAUCUACGAUGGUUUAUGCUGUUUAAUCAUAAGGUUCUCGUAAUAUGCACCUGAUCUAUGUCACGUAGAUCUUAGAUACCUAAUUAGUAUGGAAUGAAAAGCUAUACAAAAUGAUUGAGAAUGAAUAUGUGUGACUUCGAGUACGUAUGCAUUUAAAGAAACUUCCCUUCAAUAGUUUCCUGCUACAAAAAAAGUUUCCGAAGUGUUUCUUUCGGUUGGUAAUGGAAUCGUUUUCAUUUCGGCAGCUAGUUAAUAGCCACAAAACAGAAUUUUCGGAUAAGAUAAUACGAUUUGAGUCAAUGAUCGGGGCCGAAAGUUUGAUUUCAAGCAGUCAAUGAAAGUCGGAUGCUCAUGAUGUUUCUAUUAUAUUCGAUUGAUUUUUUAAAAUAUUUCUUCUGGAAAAGUGUGCUAUGAUAACGUUAGUUGUUAUAACGUGGAAAGUUUUUUCUAGACAAAAAGAGGCAGAAAAUUCAUUAAUUAAUUUACCUAUAAAAUUUUCAUAUGUAUGUUACACAAACUCUGUUUAUUUUUUCUAAGAAUCUUGAUAACACAUUUACUGGAAGCUGGUUCGGUCUUUAGGUGAUCUUUAGGGAAAGUGCCAUUUUUUUCUUCUUUUUUUUCGUGUAAAUAUCUAGCAUCUUUAUGUCGGUCUAUUAAACGCAAAGGUUGACAUUUAUUUUGUUACCAUUAGUAAAUAAAGGUUUCUUUAAAUCUAUCUAAGAAAAGUUUCGAAAAGUUUGGCUGUGACCGAUGAGAAAUUAUUGAAGCUCUAAAUAAUAACAUCUAUUCAACUUUGAACAUAACAAAAAAAAAGUAAAGUUUCUUCAUAUCUUUUAAGUGCUCAGUCCUCAAAUGUAGCGUCCAUGGGAAACGACAGAGUAACUCUUAAGCAGAAUUUAAACGAAAAAGUCUCGUUUCUAUUGUGUCAUAGAUGUAAAUGUGUUGCUUGACAAGAGCAAAAGAAUAACGCCAAGCUUUCAUAAAUUUCCUCAUUUCUUUCUAUUUCGACUUACAACACAAAAACUGUCCAGUAUAGAAGCCUGUCUUAAUUCAAGGGAAAAAGAGAACAAAGAAAUUAUCGAUUCGCGAACAAAGUCUAAAUUUGUGGGACAAACUUUAAAAAAAUGUAAUUGAAUGGAAUUCAUGUUUCCAGAUAAAUUUAAUUCUCGAUAUGAAAAAAUGUUAAUCUGUAAAUCGUUAUCGCAUAUAUCGGCAAUUUUGCAGGCAAUUAAAUGAAAUGGUAAUACAGCAAAUUUUCGAGCAGUAACAAAUUAUUGUUGACCAAGCGAUUAUACCUUGAUGUUAUAGUCAUGGGUAGUCGUGUUAUCGAAAGCAAUAGUAAUUCUUAAAAAGGCGCCACUUUAUUGCUGUUUGCUAACUGUUGACGUUGCAAUAGUUAAGAAGCGCUUUUCGCUAUAUAGUAUCAUUGGCAAUAAGAUGAGCGCGACUUUUCUUGUCUUAACUGUUAAGCAAUAUUUCUUAGAGUAACAUCAGCAUAGAUCCUUUCAGAGGAGUAUGAUUGUAUAGUAUUAAUGUUGUAAGUAACAUUAAAGGAAGUUCUGCACUUUCGUUGCUGACCAGCGAUUGUAUAUAAAAGGGAUAUCGCCGCUUUAGUGAUGUCAUGCCUAAUGACACGAUACGUAGUGCGAAUAUUAAUUUGACUGAAACAAUUCUGUUGGAAGGAAGUUUAACGAAUUACUGUUAUCAUUGUAUCAAUUACAGUUAGUUCACAACAUUUGAUUGAUUUUAGUACGCUUAUCCAAGCCAAUUCGAUAUUCUCACUUUAUGUUCUACAUCCGAAAAUUAUUCUCUUUCCAAAUUUUGCGUUCACAUGACACUUCUUUUUUAAGUAUAGUCAAUUGCACGUUCUAAUUGCCAUUGAAAGAAAUAUUGAGAAAUAUAAGUUGUCCUCGCACAUGGGCUAAACCACAUUUUUAAAUUGUCAUAAGCUAAACCGAAAUUUCAUUAGGUAAAAUUAAAUGGUGUCAUAUGUUAUCUCUGCGUGUUUAAACGGAAUUAUAUAUUUGUACAUUUACGAAUUUGCAAACAAUAUUAACCACUUAAUCUACGAUCUAUGUCAUAACUGCACCACCCAGAAUUACUUUGUUAUUAAUAAUUUACUAGAAACAAAGGGGAACUUCACAUUUUUUUAUAUUCACUUUUACUUUAAAGUGUAAUAGUUGAUAACAGAAAUAUAAAAUUUGAUUUGGACUCAGAUGAAUCUCAAUUCUCUUGAGUCCAAAUAAAAUUUUAUAUUUCUGUUGUCAACUAUUUUACUUAGAAAGUUGUAAUAGAAAGAUUUCAAAUUGAAAUUAAAUAAAUAAAUCUCAGUUCUCUUACUUAAUUUCAAUUUGAGUCUUUCUCGCGAGUUUGAAACGAUAUUGUAUGGCAAGGGGUUAAGAUAACUGUAGCGAGGGUUGAUUUGUUUCAAAGAUAUUCCAAUUUCAACAGUUUACAUGUACUUCAACGUUUCUCCUAUAUCUAGAUAAAACGUACCAAUACAAUAUUGAAGCUUAAAUAUAUUUAUAACUACUUCAUUUUUUACGCAAGUACCUUAAUAACUUCUCAUAAAGGUAAAAGGAAGAUGCAUAAAUUGGCAUGAAAAAAUUUGCACGAAAAAUAUAUAAUUCCGUUUAAAUGAGUAGAGAUGAAAUCUUUGGACCGCCUCCACAUUAGGAGCAGAUACAUUAAUCAGGCGAUGCAUUACUUAAGACUGUUUAAUUUCUGCCUAAUGAAAUUUUUGUCUGGUCUCUGAGGUUUUGAAAAUGCGAUUUCGCUGAUUUGCGCGUGACAUCUUGCGUAAAAUUCUUUUAUACUACAACAGAAAUUAUAAAACUAUCUCUCAGUUAUUUUCAUCGGCUGAUGCAUCGCGAAAGUGCUGCGCGAAAUUAAAACUCCUUUGUUGAACGACAACUAUGCGCAAUUAAAAGCUAGCAAAAGAUGAUUCUAAACGAGGCCGAUAAGGGACUCGUGCUAGAUGCAGUCGAUACGUUGCAUUGUUGUAAGGUUCGGGGAUAAAAGUUCAAAUUCUCUUGAUCAAAUCAGUAUUAUACCUAAACGAAUCAAAAAGUCAAAGAACCAUAUCACUUGAACGGGAAACGUAGGAAAGAACCGUGAGAGAUUAAUAGUAGUAAUAAUUGUAAUGAAAUGAUAAUACUGAUAUUAAUUAUAGUAAUAAUAGUAAUGGUAAUAUUUUAUAUUCGUUGCAAAAUAGAGAUGUAAAAUUUCUGGAAAGAUUGGAUCAUCGAAUAAGUUGUUUCUCAUUUUCUCGGUGAAGAUCUCGACGAUCAAUUCAAAAACAGGAACGAAAAAAAAAUGAAAAAAAAAGAAAAGAUGAAUUCGGAUGCUAUCCGUAGACGCAUCUUAACGUGCAAACUUUAAGUUCGGUUUUCAUUUGUUAUCUCACGAUUGGAUUUCAGUUUCAGCAACGCGAUCGUUUUAUGCCGCUAAUUUCUAUUAACACCAGCUAUCCAUCACUCGUCAAACGUUUUUAUUCUCGCUGUCGAUCAGUACCGAUGAUAAAUCCCGACCGUUCAUUUUUCUUCUCCCCGUGACACUGUUGAGAAACGAAAUUCACGUAAACAUAAUAAUAAAUUCUAAAGUACAAGUAAUUAACUGUCGUUUAAUUAUAAAGAUUGAAAUACUUUAAGAGCUCAAUUAUUUUUGGUAUACAUUCGUGAACGAUACGACCUACCACUUAUAUUGUAUCGGCUAGGGUGUUCGUAACGGGACUUGACAUUGCGUUCGAACGCGAUAACUUUCUCGAUAGUUUACAUCUCUAGCGUUUGAGAAGGGCGAUGUGGCGGUUCUCGCGCGAGAAAAAGAACGAGAAGACAAAAGUGUAACGAACGAAAUUACGAAGACGAAGAGAGAGAGAGAGAGGGUGACGCCAGAGAAAUAUGUAGUAGUUUCUUAACGGAGGGCUAGAGCCACGGUGUAUCUGUUUUUCCUUUUGUUUUCCGAACGUUUUGUGGACAUACAGGGGUGUAAUUGAGCAGCGUGCUAGGAUUGUACAGAACACCAGUAUAAAACCAGCGGAUAGAAAACGAGAGAAAGAAAACGAUAUAUGUUCUAAACGAAAACACGCAUAUGAAACGAGACACCGAUCUGCGGAACGUAAAACGAAUACACGUACACAUACACACGCGCAUACA